AUGAAUGAAACAGAAGAAUUGAAUAUUGAAGUCCCUCCAGAUGCUGAUGUUGAAGCACUUACACAAAUUCUUAAAGGGAUGAUGUCUUUUUCUGAAAAUUUAGACAGUUUAUACGCAGAUGCAACAAGAGAAUUGGCAAAAAAAGCAAAAGCACGUCCAAAACUUGAACUUACACCAAAUAAUGUUAUAUUAUCAGUACCACCAAGCUACACAUGGAAUGAAUUGCAAACUAUUUCUAUGAACGUUAAAAAAUUAUCAUCAAGGCUCCACCAAAUGAAAAUUGAGCAAGAAGAGGCUCAAGUUGUAGCUAAGCAGACAUUUGCGGACUUGACUGCUGAAAGAGAUAUGCUUCUCGAAAAAUUAGAAUCUUUACGCAAAAUGCAACCUAAACGUAAAACAGCAGACGAACUUUUACGCAAGAUUGCAGCAAAAAGAAUGUAA